AUGGGAAAGGAAAUCCAGAGAAGGUUAGUGACAAAGACACACAACCUGUCGACAGCCAACCAGGAUGGAAAAAGUGGUGACAAAGAUACGCCAUCUCUUUCGAAUCAUCCUCAAGGUGGCGUGGCCGUGGUUGCCGUCAGGGAUCUUCAACCAGCCAUCGAUAACAAUAAUAAACAGAUCCCGUUAUGUCCAGAUACCGAAUUAUUAAAUUUGUUAGAUGAGAUUCCGUCACCAGAUGGGCCUUUGGGUCCAGACAUUCACGGCGCUGUAGCUGAACGUUGGCUGAGUAUAUUAAAAGACGGACUCACAAAGGAGGCUAGACUCGAAUUAUUGAAAAAAUAUCCACACGUUAAAAAUUGUGAGACCAUGAAAGCACCAGUCUUAAAUCCGGAAGUCAAGUUAGCCUUAAACUCAACAGCAAUCAAAAAAGAUACUUUUCAAGUGCUAGCUCAGUUAAAAAUUAGUGCAUCAUUAUCAGCAAUUGGAGCUUUGUUAACCUCAGUACUCCAAUGUAGAGAAAAUAAACAACCUACAGAUAUAGACCAUACAAAAUUAAUUUCUGGUCUCAAUGAUGCGGGAAAAAUAUUAACGGAUCUCCUUCACUCAAUUUCAACAUCCAGACGGCAGGUUAUUUUAAUGAAUGUUAAUCCGACAGCGAAAAGAAUCGCAGAUGACAGUAAAAUUGAUACGCUGUUAUUCGGAUCAAAUUUUUCGGAAGCCUUGAAAUCUGUAGAAACUAUUGAGAAAUCAACAAAAGUAAUCUCUAGAUCAACAACACGUUAG